AUGAGCGACCAAACAUCCAAUGACGGCUCCUUGGCCGAAGUUCUGAGCUCCCUGAAAUCCAUCCAGCAGACACAGUCUGACCUGGUGGCUGCUGUCGAUUCGUUAAACCAACGAUACCAACAGCUGACCGGUGAUGCCGAUGUCGCUGCACUCGGCCCGAGUCCAUCCCUUGGCGAGGCCCCCGAGAGACCCCACACCCCCGGCCGUCCCGAGACUGGUGCUGUUGGUGACUUGGCUCAAAGCUCCUCAUCCGACUUGAAGUUACAGGCUCCAGCUGUGCCUUCCUCGCCCAGCCAGCGAUCAGGCCUCACCUCCCGAAUUAUUUUAACGACGUAUCCAAAGCAGAUUGGUAUCAACCCGCUUCCCAUGAACUGGGGCAAGGCAGAUCCCCACGCGCGUGGACCAGUUGUCGUCUCCCGGUCCUCGGCCACGAUUGGAAAACGUAACGCUGUUGGAGCCCACGGCGGCUCUUAUUCCAUCUAUUAUGCGCUGGCCGUUGCUAGCAAGCAGCUCAAUCUGGAGCAUAGACCCGACUUUACCAACACGGAGCCUGCCGCCAAGAUUGGCCCGUUUCCCCAAUGGGGAGACCCAAAGAAGAUUGUAGCCAUGGAUCCUUGGGGUCAUCUAGCCCCGUGGCUAUUCAAGGACACCAUUGAGAAGCAGAAUGUCGACAUUCGCCCAACGAUAGCCAUCACAAAGGCACACAUGAAGCUAGAAGAAAGUGUAAAGAACGGCCGAUUAAUUCCCGAUGGUAAAGUCUGCCUCAACAACCUCGGAGAGCUUGCUGUGACCAAAUUCGCCGUUGAACCAGUCUGGUACCUCCCUGGGGUGGCCGAGAGAUUUGGAAUCGACGAGGGCGCUCUGAGGCGAUCUCUCUUUGAACACACCGGUGGUAGCUACCCCGAACUUAUAACCCGCAACGACAUCAAGGUGUUUUUGCCCCCGAUCGGGGGGCUUACUGUUUACUGCUUCGGCGACCCGGCCAAGAUGUCUGAUGAGUCAGUGCGGCUGGCGCUGCGCAUCCACGACGAGUGCAAUGGCAGCGAUGUCUUUGGUUCUGACAUCUGCACCUGCCGUCCAUAUCUCAUCUUCGGCAUUGAAGAGGCAGUCAAGGAGGCCCAGAACGGCGGCAGUGGCGUUGUCAUUUAUUUUCGAAAGGAGGGCAGAGCCCUCGGUGAGGUCACCAAGUACCUCGUGUACAAUGCUCGCAAGCGGGGUGAAGACCGAGCAUCCGAUUACUUCAAGAGGACAGAAAACAUUGCGGGGGUGAAGGACAUGCGGUUCCAGGCGCUGAUGCCUGAUAUCCUCCACUGGCUUGGCAUUCGUAAAAUUGACAGAAUGCUCAGCAUGAGCAACAUGAAACACGAUGCCAUUGUAGGACAAGGAAUUCCCAUACAUGAGCGUGUCGAACUGCCCGAAGAUUUGAUCCCGGCGGACUCCCGGGUCGAGAUCGAUGCAAAAAUCACUGCUGGGUACUUCACUGCCGGCAAGCGCAUGACGGAAGAAGAAUUGAGAGCUGUUCAAGGCAGAAUGUGGGAAGAUCUUGACCAUUAG